CCGACAUGGCCGAGACCGCUCCCGUCGCCGCGCCCGAUGUCGCAGCCGCCGCCCCGGCCCCGGCUAAAGCUCCCGCCGCCAAGAAGCCGAAGAAGGCGGCGAGCGGCUCCAAAGCCCGCAAGCCCGCGGGGCCCAGCGUCACCGAGCUGAUCACCAAGGCCGUGUCCGCCUCCAAGGAGCGCAAGGGGCUCUCCCUCGCCGCGCUCAAGAAGGCGCUGGCCGCCGGCGGCUACGAUGUGGAGAAAAGUAACAGCCGCAUCAAGCUGGGCAUCAAGAGCCUUGUCAGCAAGGGCAUCCUGGUGCAGACCAAGGGCACCGGCGCCUCCGGCUCCUUCCGCCUCAGCAAGAAACCCGGAGAAGUGAAGGAAAAAGCUCCCAAGAAGAAAACAGCUACAGCCAAGCCCAAGAAGCCGGCGGCUAAGAAGCCCGCCAGCGCCGCCAAGAAGCCCAAGAAGCCGGUGACAGCGAAAAAGAGUCCUAAAAAAGCCAAGAAGCCGGCGGCCGCCGCAGCCAAGAAAGCAGCCAAGAGCCCCAAGAAGGCGACAAAGGCUGCCAAGCCCAAAAAGGCGGCGGCAGCAGCGAAGAGCCCGGCUAAGGCCAAAGCGGUGAAGCCCAAAGCAGCCAAGCCUAAGGCGGCCAAGCCGAAAGCAGCGAAGGCGAAGAAGGCAGCGCCCAAGAAAAAGUAAAUGGUUUCGAAAAAAAUCUUAUCUGCUUUGCAGAUAAACUCCAACGGCUCUUUUAA